AUGGCGUCGUAUAUACAAGGCUAUGAUGAGGAAAGGUUUGCGAGCACAGUCAAUCGAAAUUUCCUCUGUUUGAUUUGCUUCAAUGUCCUUAAAGACCACCCGGUUCUGUGUCCGAGAAACCAACAUUGUUUCUGCCGAGGUUGUAUUACGAAACACCUCGAGAAUUCACGAAGAUGCCCUACGUGUGCGGACGAACUGACCGUAGAGACUCUAGCCGAACCCAACAGAAUGGUGAAAGAUUAUUUAAAUGAAUUGAAUAUUCACUGCGUUUACAACAACAGAGGUUGUCAAGAAAUUGUAAGCUGGAACAUCUUGACAACCAUGAGGCUACAUGUGGGUUUACACCAGCCGUUUGUACAAACCAAGGCUGUGGUGCAACUUUAAACCAGCGUGAUCUUAUUCACCAUCAAAGUGAACUAUGUGAAUUUCGAAAGUUGAAGUGCCACUCGUGCGGAGAAAUGACAAAAACGUUGGCAGAUAUGGAGAAAAGAAUGGUGGCGACAAAUUUAACAAUGGAAACGAAAGUAGCGAAUCUCGAAAAGAAUAUGGAUAGAAAAUUCGAAGCAGUGAAUAAUGAAGUGAGAGGAUUGAAAACAGCUUUGAUUGAAGGUUUUGAUGAAAUGAAGGAUGUUCUUGUCAAGAUGGAGGACAAGAAAAAAAAAACACAAGAAAAGUAA